AUGUUCACCUGGAGGCGGCUUCCUGCACGUUUGGCGAAUGCUGUCGCUGGCGCACGGCACAACUCACAGCUUUCUGUAGUCCCAGAGCUGGUAGGCACCGCACCAUGGCACCAGUAUAUCGUAUUCUUGCGAACAACGAUGCGUCCGUCGGAGUACCCCUCUAGAAUGACAUCGCAGCUUCAACGGCACCUUCAACUACGAGUCAGGGAGAGCGGCGGCCUCGUAAACUUCUCCUGGUUCCCGGAAAAAUCCUCAUUGACCAAUCUACGCGACCCUCUUGCAUACGAGGCCACCGCGUUCUUUCAGUCCGGAUCCUCUUUCUCAUACCCAGAAGUCAAUAUGAGCAAUGUUGAUGGUGUCGCAGCAUCUCUCGAAGCUCACGCUCGAGAGCAAUCUCCUAAAGCUACUUCGAAUCACACCCACAUCUAUGUUUGUACACAUGCUGCGCGUGACUGCCGAUGUGGCACGGCAGGCGGCGAAGUCGCCGCUGCCCUUCGCGAGGAGGUCAAGUCUAGAAGCGAAACGGAGCGUAUAUUUGUCUCAGAAACAGCCCACGUUGGGGGACACAAAUACGCUGCCAACGUACUUGUGUAUCCGCACGGCGACUGGCUCGGCCUUGUGACUCCCGAUCUCGUUCCAAAUUUGCUCGACGCUAUAAUGGACCACUCGAAACUCCCAGUAUCUCCAAAUACUACGCCUCUACUCUAUCAUCAUUGGAGAGGACGAAUGGGACUUGACAAGGAUCAGCAACUUGAUCUAUAUCAACGAACUACAGCGCAGCAUUAA